AUGGCCGACCUCUCAACCUGCCCGCCCCUGACCCGGGCGUCGGUCGUGGAGGCCCACAAGCUCGUCAGGCCGCACAUCCACUACACCCCCGUCCUCACAAACAAGACGCUGACGGCGCUGGCGUCGACGCCCCGGAGCGCCGAGGACCUCGACGGGACCAAGUGGGAAGGGCGCACGCCGGCCAAGCCCGUGCUCAGGCUGUGGUUCAAGUGCGAGAACCUGCAGCGCAUCGGCGCCUUCAAGGUCCGCGGCGCGUUCCACGCCGUCGAGCGGCUGAAGCAGGAGCCCGACUGGCUCGAGGGCGGUGGGAAGGAGAAGGGCGUCGUCACGCACAGCUCAGGGAACCAUGCCCAGGCUCUCGCCCUCGCGGCCAGAGAAAGCGGCAUCCCCGCGCACAUUGUGAUGCCGGAUAUCUCGCCGCCCAACAAGAUCGCCGCGACGCGCGGGUACGGCGCCAACGUCGUCUUCAGCGGCAGCACCUCGGUCGAGCGCGAGGCCGUCGCCAACCGCGUCAUCGCCGAGACCGGCGCCCGCCUCGUCCCGCCCUACGACCACCCGGACAUCAUGCUGGGCCAGGGCACCAUGGGCCUCGAGCUGCAGGAGCAGGUGCGCGACCUCAUGGCCGCCGGGCACUCGGCCGCCCGCCCGACCUUCAACUCGACGGGCCUGCCCCGGUCCGACGGCGGCGACGGCAAGGGCCUGGACGCCAUCAUGACGCCGUGCGGGGGCGGGGGCAUGCUCUCGGGCGUCGCGCUCAGCUGCGAGGGCACGGGGAUCAGGGUGUUCGGCGCGGAGCCCGAGUUCGAGGGCGCCGACGACUGCAGGCGCGGCAUCGAGGCCGGGAAGCGCGUCGAGGCGGUCAAGACGCUGACCAUCGCCGACGGCCUGCGCACGCCGGUCGGACGGCACCCCUGGGGCGUCAUCUACGAGCGCCGGCUGGUCGAGGCCGUGUUCGCCGUGUCCGAGGACGAGAUCAGGGCGGCGACGAGGCUCGUGCUCGAGCGCUUCAAGCUCGUCGUCGAGCCGAGCGGCGCCGUGCCCCUCGCCGUCGCGCUGUUCAACGAGGACUUCAGGGCCAUGGUCGAGAGGGAGGCGGGCGAGGCCGGGUGGGACCUGGGGCUGGUGUUCAGCGGCGGCAACGUCGCGAUGGAGGGCCUGUUGAAGAUAUUCGCGGCGUGA